AUGGCAAGCAACUCUGGAUCAUUAGGUAAGAUGAGUAACAACUCAAGACGAAAGUUCAUUGAGACAAUGAUUGCCGGGAUCUCUGAGAACAGCCAAGAUGAAUCUAUGGCAGAUGUAGAUAUAAUUGUGGAGGGCGAGAAGUUCCCUUGUCACAGACUCAUCCUGGCAACAAUGUCUCCCUACUUCAAGGCCAUGUUUCAUUCUGGAAUGAUGGAAACACGUGAAAGGGCAAUAACAAUUCCAGGAAUAUCUAAAUCAGCUUUUGUGGAAGUAAGAGCAAGUAUGUAUGGAAGUGACUAUAACAUCACAACAGAGAAUGCGAUGGAGUUACUCCAUGCUGCAGCUCUGUUCCAGAUCAUCUCGCUGCAGGAGGCAUGUGAGGAGUUCCUUGCUAAAGAGAUGGAUAUGGAGAACUGUCUGAUGCUUUUCAAGGUUGCUCGAUCCUGUAACUGUAAAGUUUUAUUGGAGAAAUGUAGACCAUUUGUUAUGGAAGGGUUUAAUGGGCUUUGGAAAUCUGAUGAGUUUAAGACUUUGGAUUUAGAGGAUUUGGAGAGUAUCGUCAGAGAUGAUGACCUCGUCCCUGUAGAUGAAGAACAGAUAUGUGAAGCAACACUGAAGUGGGUGGAGGCUGAUUUAGGCAAGCGGGAAAAAUAUCUUGGAAGAUUAUUUAGGCAUAUCAGACUUGUUAAUGUUAGCCCAGAGUAUCUGUUAGAUGUAUUAUACAAUAUGGAAUUAUUAGUGAAUGAUGAAAACUGUAAACGUUACCUGGAUGAAGUGAGAGACUACCACAUACUGCCAGCUAGGCGACAGGAGUUUGCUUCAGGAAGGUUCCAUCUUAGGAACAGUGAUGAUUUUGAGGAAGUGAUUCUGGCAUUGACAGAAUAUGACAUGGAAAGAUCAGGGUCCUUUUAUCAGGAUGGAAAGUGUCUGUGGGCCUACAGCCACCACCAGGGACGCUGGUACACCCUUGCUCCCAUCCCUCUUCAGCAAAAUCCCGGCACAGGUUUUAGUGUAGUGCCAUUUCGCAAUGACUUGUAUCUCACUGGGGGGACUUCUACCAUGAAGAAUGUGCUAAAGUAUGACUCUGAGCGCAAUGAAUGGGUUUCGUGUGAAUCUAAUCUGAAGCGAGGACGCUGCAACCACAUGAUGGCUGCAGUUCGUGAGAGUAUAUAUGUACUUGGUGGAUACAAUGCUAAGAUGGCAGAGGGAAACAACGUUCAGGGAUCUAUUGAGGAGUAUAACAUAAAUUCCCGUCGCUGGCGGACAACUGGUGAACUCAUCACCUCUGUGCAAUCUGCAGCUGCAGUGGCAAUUGGAGAGAAGAUUUACAUCCUUGGGGGAAAAGAAGAAGAUGAGUCAUACUUUGAUGGCAUCCAGAUAUUUGACACACGACAACGUGAAACAAAAGUGGAGCCAGGCAUCCUGAAGGGAUUAACUCAACCUCUUCAGGUCAUUGCCGUAGAUGGCAAAGUUAUUGUCAUUACUGCUGCUGGGGAGGUGUAUGACUUUAGAUACACUAAGAUGAAGUUGAAUCUGGUGAAGCGCUUGCACCAAGAUUGCAUACCAAUACUGGGUACUGCUCAUUACAGGGGUUAUAUCAUGUUACUCUCUGCCUCCAAAGACAAGCCUCUAGUCUUCUCCAAGCUAUUUAGGUUAGAGCUGAGGUGCUCUCCCACGCGACUUGAUGUUCUAUCUCCUAAAACCAACACAAAGCCCAAGCCCAUUCAUGCUUGUCUUCGUUGCAUUGUCAAUAAACAGUUCAUGUAUCAUACCUAUUUCCAAUAG